CAAUAUUAUUAUUGCUUGUAUGUCUAAUAGUGAGGGAAGGCGGUUCUCUGUGUGAAAAGUGCCCCAUUCUGCAGUCUGUGGUCUCCCAAAGUCCAAAUGAGUUUGGGGGUAUUGUUAUGUCUGCCGAUCAUAAAUGAAACCUCUCUCUAUUUCUAUACACUCCUAUCUCUCUUUCUCACUAUCUAUCUUUCUUGCUAUAUAUCUAAUUUUAUCUAAUCUGUCUAUCCAAUCUGUCUAUUCAAUCUCUGUCUCUAAUCUCUCACUCUAUUUUUUGCUAUCUAAUUUAUCAAUCAAUGUAUAUAGUCUAUCUGUCUAUGCGAGCUCCCUGUGUUUCAUAUCUAUCUAUUUAUCUUACAUUUCUGAGGAUAAACUACCCUCCUCACAAUAACACAUGUAAAAACUUUAAAUUUUGCCUUCCCCUGACCCAACCUUCCAGCAUUAGAGACUGCAAAUCUGAUUUAAACCUUUUAACAUGAUAGGACUAAAUUUAGAAAUAAUUGCCAAAUUGACUUCUCUGUUAAUAUUCAUUUAUUGGUGCAUAGGCCAGGGUUAUUUAAUUUUUUUUCUUCAUGUUAUUGCUGCUGAAAAAAAUAAGUAAUCAGAAGCAAUAAGAUUAGGAGGGAAAUUUCACUCAAUUGAAAUUUCAGGAUCAGAUGAAAAAUACUUAGCAAUAGUUAAAACUAAAUAAUGACUUUCAUUAAGAUUUAAACUUUUAAAUGCAUACCUCGCUGUUGAAAAUUGAGUUUAGAUUUAUAGAUCACUUAGUUGCUUUUGAAAAUUGUACCUAUUUGUCUAAUGGACAACUCUAAUAGAAUUCAGUAAGCAUUUUUAAAGACAGAGACAAAUAUUUCAUGUUUUGUUACCAAUGGGGAAAUUAUUAGAAAGCUUUUUUUGAUAAUUAUUAAGCUAAUAAAUGUUAUGGGGAAGAUUAGUUGCCUGACUGUCAUAUUUGCCCUGGAAAAUCUCCCCCAUAACUUUGAUUACAUGCUUCAUUUUAAAGACUAAUCUAACAAAAGAUCUAUUUUCCUCUGAUGGUGCAAACCACGUAAUUAUUCUCUAUACGGACCUGGGGGCUUUCAAUGCACGUUAGAUCAAACUGGGAUUGUCAAAAAGGUUUAAGGGGUUAGAUGUGGAACUUCCAAUGCCUUUCAUGUCCAAUUUAGCCUCAGUCCAUUAUAAAAUGAAUGCUAACAAUUAUUAAUACUUUAAAAAAAGAAAGAGAUUUUUGACACUCUCACUCCCAUUAAGUAGUACUUUACUCCUGGAGCAGUCAUGUUCAAAUCAGCAAGAUCACUGCUGGAUUAAAGUGCUACUCAUUGUGUCUCCGAAUCUGAAUUCACAAUAAUUAAUAAAAUAAAAUAAAAGUGUUCCUUGACUGUAGAACCAAGAUGGCCGAUUCUGGCCUACAGGGGCCUUGGGUAGUUUAGCCUCCAGCUGGCAGAGGUUCGUUUUUCAGUUCCGUUUAUUUUUAGACCAAUGUUUCCAUAAAUAACUGUUCUGGUUUCAAAAACAUCACCCGCUUGGAGUCAGUUUUGCAUGAUAGGCCAGAAGGUUUCAAACAACAAAGUCACAUCUGUUGGGUGUGAAAAUAAAAUCUUAGCAGGUGGCAGAGAUCAACAUGUUGAUAAAAGUCUUGAGCUAAAUUAAGCUAUUGUUGUUUUCACUAGACAAUAUUGGCUACAUCUCCCUGCAAAUGACUUUCAAUGAUUAUUAUUUUGCACAAAUCUACUGCUUUGUGUUAAACAAGAAUAAUUUCAUUCUACUUUCCUCGAUGAUCUUUUAUUCAAGGAGAAAAACAGAUUAGCAAUUUCUUAGUUAAUCCUCCUUUUCAGAGAAUAAUUUAUUUGUGAUUUCCUAGUCUAUCUUAUAAUGAACAAGAGGAAUAAUAAAAGCAUAGAAAUGUAGGGCUGGAAGAGAAAUCAAGGGGUCUGUGUCCCCCGCCCCCGCAAUGCUGAAACAAGAUCUGUGUAGUAGUUUGUUCAUUUAGUUAUUUAAAGUUUUCUAACAGGAAACCUGAGGGAAGUUUUGCUAGGAAUUUGCGAGCAUGUGAAGUUGAAAAAUAGAUAUUACUAUUUAGCCAGAUUUAUAAUUAAUGCAAUUAGAUAAAUGUACACACUUUAAUGCAGUCUAAUUUUAACCAGUAGUAUCAGAUUUAUUUAUAAAUUUGAAUAAAAUAAAAGGAAUUAGAUUGAUCAAAAACUUUAAUCUAAAAUAGAAUCUUAAAUCAAUAAAAAUAGCCAAAUUGUAUUUCUAGUCAUAGAAUUAAUUAGAUUAAUUAACAAACUUUAAUCCAAUAGAAUUCAAUCUAUAAAAUUAAUUAGAUUGAUAAACAAGCUUUAAUCCAAUUGAAUUUUUUAUGAGUAGAAACCAAAACCAUCAACAAAUAUUUAAUAAAUUAUUUUAUUUUAAAUUUGAUAUCACAGACCCACAGCUGAAAGAAAAUAAACCUGCAUUUGCUUUAAAUGAUGUUCAGUGGCAGAAAUUUUAUCAUUUUCCAAAUCAAAACUUGAUGUGAUAUUAAAUCAUAUAUACAAGUUAUGUCAAGGAAAAUGAUUUUAAUUGAGAAUUUUUUAAUAACUUUGUGUUUCAUGAAAAUAUUCGAACAUGUAUUCAAGCCCCAAUUCAAUUUUAAAGAGAAUAUUAUCAGCCAUGCACUUCUAUUUGAGAUAUUUUUACCAAGACGUAAAAAUUCCUUGGAAAAAAAGAGAUAUUUAAGAAAAAAUAUCUACGAGGCAAUUAAUUAAUCUAUCAUUGGAAAUGAAAUAUCAAGAAAGACGUAAAAUGCCAUCUCAACAGAGACUCAAUUGCAAACCCCACAACCCCCUCCGUCUUCCCCCUGGUUCCCUGCUGCAGCAAGACUGGCAAUGCUCCCAUGGACAGCAGCUUGGCCUGCCUCGUAACUGGCUAUUUGCCAUCACCAGUGGACAUCAAGUGGAAUUCUGGCAAAGUGACCAAGGGGGUCAAAACUUUCCCAGAGAUGAUGAUGAGCAAUGGGCUCCACACCCAGAGCAGCCUGCUGAGCCCCUCUGACAGUUCCCAGCAGGGCGUCCCCUACCAGUGUGACGUGAUGCAUCAAGGCACAGCAAAGACAGUGUCGAAGAAGUUCCCUCAGGAAUUGUGUGGUUUGAUGAUGCCACCCCAGGUUCAUCUCCUGAUCCCCACCUGCGAGGACAGCGCCACAGAGAGCCAGCUGGAGCUGGUUUGCCUCCUCCUGAACUUCAGACCCGGCAAAGCCGACGUGAAAUGGCUGGUGAAUGGAAAGGAGAGGAGCCCCCCCACCCCGGCCUUUUCCUCUGCAAUGGGCACAGAUGGCUCCUACAUGGGGCAGAGCCGCAUGAACGUCACCAGGCAGAGCUGGGAGAAGGGGGACAUCUACACAUGUCAAGUGACCCACCCAGCAGUGGGACCAGAGCUCUCCAUGCACAACACCAGCAAGUGCUUGGCCUGCCUCAGAAGUUCACUUGACCCAACCAUCUACUUAACCAAACCCUCCUAUGAAGACGUCAUCAAAAAUUCUGGUCAUGUUACCUGUCUAGUUUUGGGUUAUGACUUAGCAGCCAGCAGAAUUGCAUGGAAAGUGGAUGGACAAGUCAGCUCUGCAGCGAAGACAGAACCCCCCCAAAAAAACAACAAUGGGACCACCAGCCUGGUCAGUUCUCACCCUGUGUCACUGGCCCAAUGGGGACAAGGCACCAAAUUUACCUGCAAAGUGACCACACCCUGUUCUGGAGAACUAAUCCAGGACAUAACCAUGAGCAAUACAGGCAUUAGUAAGAAGGAGCCCUCAGUCACCAUCUCCCGAGCCUACCAUGAAGACAUCUCUGGGAACAGAGUCUCCUUGACUCUCAUCUGUGAAGCUAGUGGCUUUUACCCUGAAGAGAUCAGCAUCUCAUGGUUGAAGAACAACUCCCCAGAACUCAAGUCUAGUUACAACAAUGGCCCUGUAUCAGGAAGUGUCACUUUCUCUGCCUACAGUGUACUGAAGGUUGACAAAAGUAGAGAAGCAGUAAAUUACACCUGCGUGGUGCAUCACCCAGCCAUGGAAGAGCCCAAGAGGGUUGUGGAAAAGGUGUCCCUCGUCCCAACCAAUCUACAAACACCCACAGUUGAACUCCUGCAGUCCAUAGACUUGGAAAAGAAAACUGUGAUGUUGAAGUGUAUUGCAUAUGACUACAGGCCCAAAGGAGUGACAAUCAAGUGGCAAGGAAAGCUACACCCUGCAAGCGAGCAAAGGAUGGAGGAUGGUACAUACAGAGCCAGCCACCACUUUGAAACAACUAUGGACAAAUGGAAAGAAGAGGCAAAUUACACUUGUGAGGUAGAGCAUAAAGAGACAGGGGAAAAGGUGACCAAGAAGACCGUCAGCAAAGACUGGAUGCUCCCCAGUGCCCCCACAGUGACACUCCACAUCCUGCCUGCCUGCCCGAGCCCAGGAGCAAGUGACACUGUCACCUUGUUCUGUUCUGCCAGUGGCUACUACCCCCGGGACCUGCAGCUGACCUGGCAGGCGGGUGGGAAGGAGAGAGAGGGCACCCAGGUCGGACUCCUCCAGGGGAAAGAUGGAAGAUUCAGCUCCUCCAGCAAUCUGACCAUGUUCCAGGCGGAAUGGGAUGAGCUGGGGGAGUACAGCUGCCAUGUGACCCACCCUGGGACCGGUAGCACCCAGCUCAGCACUACCAGCAAGUGUGCAGCCUGUCAGGGGAGCGUCCCCCUGCCAAACCUGUACCUCCUCAAGCCAUCCCUGGAACCCUUGCUCACUCGAGGCGAAGCCCUCCUGACUUGCCUGGCAGUGGGCUAUGAGCUGGGCCAAGCAAGACUCACCUGGGAGCUGGACGGUGCCAACUGGACUGCCAAUGCCACUGUGGGAGAAGCCAAAAAUCACAGCAACCAGACCCAGAGUCUCCUGAGCCACCUGGCCAUCCCCAGGGGAGUCUGGGACUCCGGGAGAAGCAUCCUCUGUAGAGUGACUCAUCCCUGCUCGCUGUUCCAGGGCAUGGAGGAGACCAUCCAGAAAUUCAGGGGUGCUAGCAUAACCAAGGCUCCUUCGGUAUCCCUCGUUAUCCCAUCGCCAGCACAACACUGCCGCAACGCUGAGGUGUGGCUCACCUGUGAGGUCUCUGAUUUCUUUCCAUCUGAAUUGCUCAUUGAAUGGAAAAGGGACAACCACAGCAUCGAGCCCUCUGGAUACAUUACUCUUCCCCCAGUGGCUAAAGAGAGGAAUUCAACCUUCUCUACCCAAAGCUACCUGAAAAUCCCAGUGUCUCAGUGGGAAAGUGGGGCUGUAUAUACCUGCAUGGUAGGCCACGAGUCCUUGCCAUCUAUGCACUACACCAGCAGGACUGUGUUAGAUUUCCUGGAGCCAUCUCCCCCAACAGUCACAGUCUUCCAUGCACCAGACAUAGGUGGGCAUGAGAAUCUGACCUGCUUUGCCACCGGCUUCUACCCAAAGCACCUAGACAUGCAAUGGACUGUCAACAAGCAACACCUCAACUGCAGCUCUCCCUCCUCUCCAACGGCCCUGGGAGAUGGGAGGUUCCAGCAGAGCUGUCAACUGGGGCUCAGGGCAGCUGAAUGGAGCACGCUGAAGACCUACACUUGCACUGUGAUCCAUAGCUCCACUAAGACAACCCUGGAGAAGGCACUGCACUCUACUGGCUGCUGGGAACCAGAAUUGCCGUCCGCCUACAUACAACCCCCAUCUUUGAAAGAGCUUUUCAUGAACGAGAUGGCUGCUGUGACGUGCAAGACCUCUCUGGUCAAUGCCAGCAUCAAUUGGAUGAUGGAUGGUGAGCUGGCGGACCUGGGAGCUGUGAGGAUGGAGCAACUCAACGGCAGCACCUGGCUGCAAAGUUGGCUGCAGGUCAACCUGAGUGAAUGGAACUCCACCGAGACCGUCAGAUGCCAGAUCAAGAGUGACCUGGUGGAGAAUGUGCUGGGCAUCAGCCCAAAGAAUGGUUCCCUGAAGGCUCCAACUGUCUACCUUCUGCCCCCAUCCUCAGAGGAAAUCUGCAGCAACCAAAACCUCACUCUUCACUGCAUUGUCAAAGACUUCUACCCUGGUGAGAUCUCCAUCUGGUGGCAAGAGAAGACAGCCGAGACUGAGGUCGACAUCCCGGCUGAUAACGAGAACCACGACUGUGACCAUAACAGCCAUCAGUGCUCAGUGAUCAGCAAGCUUGAGGUGUCCAGGAGCAAAUGGAUUCUGGGGACUUCCUACAGCUGUCUAGUCGCCCACCUCUCCUCUGAAGGGAUUAUAGCAAGAAGUGCAAAUGUCCAUACUGAGUCCUGGCACUGCACCGUCCUGGGCAUCAACCCCUGCAGCGUUAGAGAUGACAGCAUGGACGACUACAGUGAGCUGGACGAUGCCCAAUGCGUCUGGACCACGGUCUCCACCUUCAUCGCCCUCUUCCUCGUCACGCUCUUCUACAGCGGAUUCGUCACCUUCAUCAAGGUGAAAUAGGUACCACUUUCUCCACACAGUGAAGACGAAGGGAUGGGGUCCAAUCUGUCCCUCUAUUUGCAGUUCUUUUGCCCACUUCCAUUUUCUUACCUAUCCAUGGCAGCUGGCCUGACCUACAGGGUAGAUCAUCUGGCCAUGGUGAUCUCCCAUUACUUCCAGAGACACAUGAAGAAAGAACAUCAAAGAAAGGCCUUCACUGUUCCCUGUCCUUUUUAUGAAGGCCAAGAACUAUCCACACUCCAAGCUAAGGGAGAGAAAGGGGGUAAAGCCGUCUCCCAAAAAGAUUCUGUUGAUAUAAAGUUCUCUGUUCCUACCUUCAGCCUCACCAGAUCAGCUCCCUAACCCCUCAACAAAUUACCUAAGCUCCCCUAUGUGCUGCUAAUCUUAUUCUCCACUACCCCUCCUGAGAGUCUUAGGGGGUCACAGUUGGGGACACAAUACACCCCCCAUAUUUCACGGGGCUUCGAAGGUGGAAAACAAACCCCUCUCCAUUCAAGGUUGCCAAGAGCCCUGGUACCUCCUAGGAUAAUACACACAUACCCCUGUCCUACCACAGAGAUGGAGCCAGUUGCAACAAUCUGCAUCCAGAAAAAGCCAGCCCACAGCCACUCCACACUAUCUAACCUCACAAGAAUUCAUCCUGGUUCUGUUUCCCCACCCAAGCCCCCAAGAGCCAAACCUAAUGCUGCAGAUCCCCCACUGCACUCCACAAGAACCCAGCCCAAUGCUAUUCCCCCCAGGAGGUCCCCACUCAAUACAACAAGCCCCCAACCCAAUGGUAUUGACCCCUCAAGUUCCCCACCCAACCCCACAAGAACCCAACCCAGUGCUGUUUCUUCUAUCAAAGCCUCAACCCCACAAAAAGAAAAGGAGUACUUGU